GUGGUGGACGUGGUGGUAGUAGUGGGAUGAGAGACAGUGCAGGUGCGCCUGCGCAGUGCCGCCCAGGCAGGAGGGCUGAGAUGGAGGGUACGUUGACUGCCCACCAGGCAAUACAAGAAGAGGAUACUGGCCUCCUCAUCAGUGAAUUAUCGGAAGAUGUGGAAGAAAAACUCAGUCCAGUUGUAGAAGAGAAUAAUAUAGUGACAGUUAAAAAACAGGGACCUAAUCUACAUAAUCGGAGUACUGAUUGGAGCUUUUGGAUAUCAAGUUCCACCUACAAAUACAGAAAUGAAGAAUUCAAAAGACAAUUUUCCCAUCUUCCUGAAUCAGAGAGGCUAGUAGUUGAUUACGCCUGUGCUCUUCAGAAGGACAUUCUGCUUCAGGGGCGCCUGUACCUUUCAGAAAACUGGCUCUGUUUCCAUAGCAACAUCUUUAGAUGGGAAACCACAAUUUCCAUUGCUUUGAAGGACAUAACCUUUAUGACCAAGGAGAAGACUGCUCGACUCAUUCCAAAUGCCAUUCAGAUCAUUACAGAGAGUGAAAAGUUUUUCUUUACAUCCUUUGGCGCCAGAGAUAGGAGUUACCUCAGUAUCUUCAGAUUGUGGCAGAAUGUGUUACUAGACAAGAGCUUGACCAAACAGGAAUUCUGGCAGUUGGUCCAGCAGAGCUAUGGCACUGAGCUUGGUCUGAAUGCUAAGGAGAUGGAAAACUUGUCAUUGACACUUGAGGACAAUGAGCAGCCAAGAAGUCCAGGAAGAAGCAGCUUGGAUGAAUCUGGGGAAAGAGAUGAAAAAUUAUCAAGUUCAAUCAAUUUUACUCGUGAACCCAUUAAUAGGGUUCCAGAGACAGAAUCAUUUAAUGGAAGUACACCCAAAAUGGGAUUACGGAAAGAGGAUUCCAUAAGUCCCAAACAGAACAAGAAAAGCCCUUUACUGAUUUCAGAAAGAAGAUUAAAUAGAUCCCCACCCAAGGCCCUGGACCUGAACAAGAAUGAAUACCUUUCUCUGGAUAAAAGCAGUACUUCAGAUUCUGCUGAUGAAGAAAAUAUUCCUGAGAGAGACCUCACUGGAAGACUUUUUAUAAACCAUGUUUUUCAUAUCAGUGCUGAUAGAAUGUUUGAAUUGCUUUUCACCAGUUCGCGCUUCAUGCAGAAAUUUACCAAUUCCAGGAAUAUAAUAGAUGUAGUUUCUACCCCUUGGAAUGUUGAAACUGAUGGUGAUCAGCUAAGAACUAUGACAUACACUAUAGUUCUCAACAAUCCGCUGACUGGAAAGUUCACCUCAGCCACUGAAAAACAGAUACUAUAUAAAGAAAGUCAGGAAGCUCGAUUUUACUUAGUAGAUUCAGAAGUUCUGACACACGAUGUUCCCUACCAUGAUUAUUUCUACACUUUGAAUAGAUACUGCAUCACACGUUCUUCAAAACAAAAAUGCAGGCUACGAGUUUCUUCAGAUGUAAAGUAUAGAAAACAACCUUGGGGCCUUGUAAAAGCUUUAAUUGAAAAGAAUUCUUGGGGUUCAUUGGAAGACUAUUUCAAACAACUUGAAUCAGAUCUGUUAAUGGAGGAAUCUUUGCCAAAGCAGUCUAUUGAAGAUCCUGUAAAACCCAGUGGCUUACGGAGGAGAAGACGGCCAUGUAAUCGAAAUAUGGCAGAAAUGCUUCCUAAACACUCUUCUCCACGCCCCCCAGGGACCAUAGGCCUGGACUCCAAGGGAGACAAUAAAGGAAAGAAAAGAGAAGCAGAAAGUCAUCAUCACACUGUCAUCAUUGUGGUGAUGAGUGUCUUUUUGCUGUUGCUAGUCUUGUUGAAUGUGACCCUCUUUCUUAAGCUGUCAAAGAUAGAACAUGCUGCUCAGUCAUUUUACAGUCUCCAUGUCCAGGAAGAAAAAUCUGGGAAUUUAGCCUCCGAUAUGGUGUCAAGAGGAGAAAACACUGAGAAGAACAAGGAUCAGUCCUAUCGCUUGAAAGGAGUACUUAGAGAUUCUAUAACCAUGCUUGAACAGCUGAAGAGCUCCCUCAUUAUGCUCCAGAGAACCUUUGACCUCCUGAAUAAGAACAAGACGGGCAUUGCUGUUAAGAGCUAGCUAUUUCAGGAUCUAAAAUUCCUAUGAACUGAGACAAUGAAUGAAGAAAUUUGGAAAUCAUCCAAAGAAGAAGGAUUUCACUUGUCACAGCAAUAUCUACAAUAGGCUUCCCCACUCAUUGAUUUCUUGUAUUUUAAAUAGAAAGUGUAUUUUUAGUAUUUAUUUAAUAAUUAUGGCAACUUAGGACACAGAACAUAUCCUUUUAUUUCUCGCACAUAUUUCUAAGCUGUGAAUUUCUAGGAUGAACAUUUAAAAUACUGUGCUCUUGAACUUCUGUGAUUUAUAUUUUAAAAGGCAAAGCACUUUGAAUUGUGACCCACUACUCUCUCUAGUGAGGGUUGAGUUUUUUGUUGGCACUGAUUGAAAAAGAUAAUGUGAAGUAAUGUGUUUUUCUACUAGAGAUAUUACCUGUCUCAUGAAAGCAACAUCAGAAAAAAGCCUCUUAAUUCUUCUUGUUAAAGGAGUUAUUUCUGUUUAUUUACUGUAAAAAAUUUUUAUAAUUCUUCCAUUAUUCAGUGUGGAAGUUCAACAGUUAAAUCCUUUUGGGUUUGAGCCUGAGUGGUAAUUUUUCCAAAGAUCUGGCCAGUUCUCUGAUGUGGCUAGUAACUCUAAAAAGAAAUAUUUCCUUUUUAUAUAAAUGGCUCUCGGAGGUGACAAGACCAUGGCUUUUUAUGUGAAUAAUAGCAGAGCAGUCUUUUAGGUAGACUGAAUGGGAAAGUAGAUUAUCAGAAAAGAAAAUAAGGAUUCCUGCUCUGAGUCUUAAAAGCAGAACACUCUGCUGUUAAAUCUAGGCAUGCAUUGAUGGAUAAGGAAGACUUGAACUGCCAGUUUGUCUUUAAUUUAGCUCUCCCCAACUGAUGGAAGUGAGCCAACUGAUUGUAAAUAAUUUCAGGCAUUACUUUUCAGUGACAUAGAGGUCAUAAUAUUUUUUAUGUGUGUAGGGGUGCUUUGUUUUAGCAGAUAAAAUAAAAAUACAAAUUAGACAAGUCUUGGCUCUUUCAUUCUGACUCAACUUGGUCUGAAUGUAUGUAUGAACUUAUCCACCCCACCCCCUCAUUACAUGUAGAAACAAUUGUUUCCUGACAUUUUGAAAUUCAGAUUCUCUCCUUUCCUCCCCCUUUCAGAGGCAGUGAAUAGCCUGAUAUAGGUUCUACCAGUGCUUUCAAUGUAUAUGCAUUCUUAUAUGUGUGCUAUCCUUUCUGACUAGAAUAAAAACCAAGAGUUUUCUUCAGGAGUUACUAUAUUGAAAGAGAAAGCCCUGGGUUUUUCCCCUGCGAUGCUAGAAUAACAUUGGAUGAGAGUUUUCUUUCAUAAAUUUUUAUUCUAGUUGAUGAGCAGUAGGUUUGAGUUAAGCCUUUCCUGAUUUCCAGUCAUAGAAGCCCCAUGGGAUUAUUACAGUCUUUCCUGAAGAGGCUAGUCAAGAAUAGAAAUACUGACUGUAGGGAAAAUUGUGGUUGUAGUACGUUGAUUGUAACUGUCUUCCUUCUCUACAGGUAGUAGUGUUGGAGUGCCUAUAGUGAGGAGUUGGGGGGGCGGGGCUGGGAGACUAGAAACAGCAGUGGGUGAUGUUUGCUAUGGUCAUAAAAAGGAUAAAUAAGCUGAACACUUUCUGUGGUGCUUCAUCAGCUGUAGAGAUUGUUCUUACUAUAUACCUCAAAGAAAAUGAUCAAACUGAGUUACUUUACAAAUUUAGACUAAAAAUUUUAUGUACAAGUUAUGAAAUUUUAAAGAAAAUUUGAACUUGUCAUGUAAAUUGAGUAUCAAUAAAACAGUUAAAAUUCCCGAAGUUCUUGUCUUUUAUUUUUUGACUUGUUUAAUCCACAAAAGCUGCAAAAAAAAAAAAAAUUUCAAACUGCACACAUGGGUUACAACUAAUGGUUAAUUUUCAAAAGACAUUGUCAUGCCUCUAGUUAGUACAUUCUAGUCAUUUCUAGGAGGAAAAAAAUCCACAGAUUGAAUCCCUUAAUGUAAAAAAGAUAAUCAGUGAAACAAGAAUACCCAAUAUAAGCUUGUGUGAUUCUGGGCAAGUCA